AUGAACAAAAUAUACAAGUUGCCAAUAACUCUUACUCUGCUGACAACAACACUUUUGUUGUUGCUGGGAGGAGGAGGAGGACUGGGCGUGGCAUUGACCAAUGCCAACUACAUCACUCAAACAUCUUACUUCACGCACCAGGACUGCCAGAAGCAAUCAGAUAAAGACUUGGAAAUCGGCACCAUCGUCCCAGCUGGUGUGUGCAACUCAUUAACCGGCUCCAACACCAAGCUCUACUGUACACCGGGCGCACAAGAGAUGGAGGCGGUCUACUUCAAUUACAAUGACUCAAACUGCACCGGUCACUCAUUCGGCAACGGCACUAUCCCUCUCAACAUAUGCAAGAAUGACAACUUGAUGUACACAUGCAGUGCCAGCUUGGACAUCCCCGCCAACUCUGGAGUCAUGGUCUACUAUGGCGACUCGUGUGAUGACCUGGAGCUCUACCAAUACGAGCCACUGGAUAUCUGCAUACCCUUCAAUGCGAUAUUUAAUGACACUAGCUACAAAUGGAGCAGGUUCGCUUCCCGUAACAGACCAAUGUUCGGGUAA